CCCGUUGACAGUUCCUUUAUUUAUUUACUGCACGCGUGUACCAGUUCGGUGCUCCGCGAAAAGAGCAGUUUUUCGUGAGUUUCCCGCAGAAAACGGCCCAAAAUGCGUAUCGAAACGUGCUACUUCUGCUCCAGUAAAAUCUUCCCCGGCCACGGGAUGGUUUUCGUCCGGAACGAUUGCAAGGUUUUCAGAUUCUGCCGUUCGAAGUGUCGUCGGGCGUUCAACAAGAAGAAGAACCCGAGAAAGAUCCGGUGGACCAAAGCGUACCGGAAGACCAACGGCAAGGAACUGACCAUCGACCCGUCGUUCGAGUUCGAGAAGCGCCGGAACGUUCCGGUCAAAUACAACCGGGAACUGUGGAGCAAGACGAUCGAUGCCAUUAAGAAGAUUACGGAAAUCAAGGAACGACGCGAGAGGCACUUUGUCAUGGAGCGGCUGCGGAAGGCACGCGAUCACGAAAUCCACAACGACAUCGUGGACGUGCAGAAGAACAUUUCCCUGAUCCGGUCGCCGGCCGUGGGACUGAAGGAACGUCGCGCCAAGGAGGAAGCCCAGCGCUCGGCCCUGCUGAUGGACGUCGAGGACGAGGAGGAGGAGAUCGAGUACGUGGACGCCCGCCAGCUCGAGAAGCAGCUGGAGGAAUCCGCCGGCCUCCUAGAGGACGCCGAAAUGAUGAAGGCGUAAGAAGGGGAAAAUCGUCACGGUGGGUAGAAUGUAUGGCUUGCGAGAAUAGAUUUAAGUUUUCUUUAGAAAUUAUUCUAUAUUUAAAGCAUUACGAAUGAAGAAUUAAGCAAGAAAUGUAA